UUCUCGCAGACCUCACUGACUGUAGCGUUCAGAUGCGAUCGCGGCCAGAGCCAGCCGGGAUUGUGUUUACCAGAAAUACCAUAUAUACAUAAUCACGCUUCUUGGGCGUCAGAUACCAGAAACGCAAUUACUAGGCGAAGUAAUUGUUGGGAUUAGACGGAAGAUUGGUCAUCUAAACCCCGGCGCCUCCAGACCGAAAACAUUCCUUGCGUUUGCCGCAUGAAGGUGGCCAAGGAACUGGGUUUCUGGGGUUGCAGCAAUUUCUCCGGUCCCUCGAUCGUUUCGGGAGCCGGCGUGUUUUGACGUUGACAGGAUGAGCUGUUUCUGAUUAGCCCCACGGGUCGCCUGCUUGAGGGGAAAAGCCUGCUACCUGAUUGCUGGGAAGUGCCGAGCGAUUUGUUAUCAAAUGUCCUCUUUCUGCCGGUGGCAUCGUGAUCGGUGGGAAUGAGGAAAUCUGCCGGGGGAAAGAGGACUGGGCUGAGUUUCGCUGGCGGGCUGCAAGUUUAGAUUUUACAACUUUUGCCGACACUUCAUCUUUGUAUAUGGACCCAUCGGCGUCUUUGGAUAUAGAAGCCUUGAAGAUGACGCAGGAGCAGUACAUCCUGGCAGCCCAGCCCGGCCCUCCCCAGAAGCCUGGGGCGCCCCCCUCCUCCACCGCGGGGAUCUACGGCUGGAGGAAGAGGUGCCUGUACUUCCUGAUCCUGCUUCUGCUGAUCACCAUGAUUGUGAACCUGGCACUCACCAUAUGGAUCCUCAAGGUCAUGAACUUCACCGUGGACGGCAUGGGCAACCUCCGGGUCACUAAGCAGGGCAUCCACCUUGAGGGAGUCUCCGAGUUUCUGCUGCCCCUGUAUGUCAAGGAGAUACAGUCCCGCAAGGUAAGGAGGACAGGCCUACGCAGCGAAUGCAAUGAAUUCCAACGAGCCCGGAGCAUGAGAUAAAUAAUACACCCCCCUCCCUCCAUAGGCUCGGAGAUGGUGGAUGCUCAGUGCCAGCGGUUCGAGGUACGAAGCAGUGAUGGGAAACGCGUGCUGUUCUCAGCUGACGAGGAGGAGGUCACCGUCGGGGCGGAGAAGCUGCGGGUCACAGGCACGGAGGGGGCAGUCUUCCAGCACUCGGUGGAGACGCCCCACGUCCGAGCCGAGCCCUUCCAAGACCUGAAGCUGGAGUCGCCGACUCGAACCCUGACCAUGGAGGCUCCAAAGGGGGUGGAGGUCAGCGCCACCGUGGGCGACCUGAAGGUGGCAUGCCGGAAGGAGCUGCUCCUGCAGUCCACAGAGGGAGAGGUAAGCGCAUGUCCACCAUAAUGACCGCAUCAGUCACAGCGCCCAUGUCCCGCUGUCCCCGUCAUAGCCGGCACAGCUUAAUUAAAGCCACCAUGAAGCCUUGCGUUGUUGUUCUGUGCCAUCGAGCUCUGACAGCCAUGCUUCGGGGGCCACAGUCUUGCUGCCAGGCCACAGUACUGCUGUAGGUCCAGCUUCCCAAGGUCCUUGUGACUACAGGACCACAGGGACCACAGUCUUGCUGCCAGGGGUGCUGUCGGCCUCCUGAAAACACUGGCUGACAUUGUCAGCUGCCCAUGAUGCUCCUGCUGUGAGCAUCCCCUCUAUUGGCCUUAUUUCCCGUCACCUGGAUUUCAGUUGAUCGCAACAUUUGAGUCAUGUGACUCUGAUUACUCCAUGACUGUUGGCAUCAUGACGGCUGCCUCUGAUUGUCUGCGGAAGAUGAGGGACACAUUAGCACUGACUCUCACUUUUGCAGACCUGCUGCCAUGUGCUCACAUCAGCGGCCUGGAUGCUGUUUCUUCGUCGGAGUGCUUAGGAAGCAGAGAGGUACUUAAUUAACUUCCAAGCGGCUGGGAAAUAAAUCAUUAUGUCUGUCACUUGACUGCAAAAAUGGGCUAUUUUCACUUUUUUGACUCCGGGGAUAAUAGAAGUGUACCCUCAGAGCAGAUAAUGGCUGCUCAACAAUUAACUGGGGCUGUGACACGCAAGCAGGGGCAGAGCAGCACCAUUUCUUGCUGAAGUGAGGUGUGCUUCCAUGCAAUUGUAAUCCACUCUGGGGCUGAUCAGAGAUCAGGUCACUUAGCUGACACCAGGCGUGUGAUUUAUGUGCCUGUAGAAGAAAUCUGUGAAUUCCCUCAUUAGUGAUGGGAUUGCAAGGUCGCUGAGAGAGGGCCCUCCCUGCCCUCUCCUUCUGUCUGCUGUCAUCAUUCCUCCAAUCCAUGGGAAGAGGAGUGACCGGGUCACCAAUAGCAUCUGCUCCACCCCUGAAGUAAAACCUCUUAACAAAUACCCACAUGCAGCUCAUGGGGGUAUGCGGUGUGUCUCUACACUGUGGGGAUUUAUAUUAUUGGGAGGUCUAUGCAGUGGGGGGGAUCUACAUGGUUGGUUGUCGGUGUAACUGGGGGUCUACAUGUUGAUGGGAUCUAAACAACUGGAAGUCUAUUUGAGGGGAGAUAUGCAUCAUAAAGGUCUGCAUGGUGUGGAGUCUACAUAGUAGGAGGUCUCUGUGAGGGGAGACUGCACCAUAGAGGUCUCCAUGGUGGGGAGUCUACAUGACGGCAGGUCUGUGUGAGGGAGGGUCUGUACCAAAGGGGUCUCCAUUGUGGGGAGUCUACAUGGAGGGAGGUCUAUGUGAGGGGAGGUCUGCAGCAUAGGGAUCUCCUUGGUAGGUAGGUUACAUGGUGGGAGGUCUACGUGAGGGUGGUCUGCAGCAUAGGGGUCUCCUUGGUGGGGAGUCUACAUGGCAGGAGGUCUAUGUGGGGGGAGUCUGUACCUCAGGGGUCUCUAUAGUGGGGAGUCUACAUCAUGGGGGCCGGCUGCUGCUCCAUGCCGUUGCUCCGCACCGUGCUCUGCCAGAUGUCAUGUGGCGCCAUGGCCUGGAGGAGAGCCAGGAACCUGCGGGCAUCUCAGCAGGCUUUUCUGCAGUGGCCAGGUGAUGAUCCGGGCAGUUUAAACCUGUUAAGUUUGGGGUGGAGCUCAUCCAAAAGCUGCUGCCCCAGCUGUCAGAGUUACAUGUGUCCUGCUGAGCCGCCGAGCUCCUGCAGCUAAAUGCUGCACUGUGGAUUUCAGGGCCCGUUUUGCCCCCCCAGGGAGGGGCCCCAUCCGCUACCCUGGCUUAGUCACAAGGACCUUGGGAAGCUGGACCUACAGCAGUACCUGCAUAUGCUGCCCCCCCCCCCUUCCACCCCGCACUGGGAUACAUCAUGCAUGAAAGAUGUUUUGAGUGGGUAUAAUUGCAGGUCCCAGGAGCGACUAGGAACAGAGCUGCAUAAACACCAUGAGCCGACAGACGCUAACACUCAGUGGCGUGCUCCUCUGCGCGUGUGUCUGCGCUCCUCUCUCACCACGCAGGGAAAUUACCUCCACCAAGCCCCCACGUUCUCAGACCCCCCUCCCCGUGUGUUCGUUUCCAGACAUAACUUAUUAUGAGGUGCUCUCCGGGGUCCUUAGAUUAUAACCUGCGGCCUGUCUGCAGCAUCCACCUUGUGGUUCUGCUGGGGCUGUGCAGUGUGAUGCUGCUUCCAGGACUGAAGUGUGCUGGAGACUCUACUCGCAGUCCCUAUGGGAAUGCAGGCUUUAUGGGGAAUCUGACGAGGCAGAGAGGAAAGUGUCAGGAGAAGGGAGCUGCUGCCUGGUGACACGACGGUGAUGAGGAAGGAUGAAGAUCUCCAGCAUUUCAUGGUGUUCUAAGAGGGCGAAUGAAGUGUGAAGGGUGGCGUGUUACUUUGGGAGAUUUCGGUCGUUAUCUAACAGCCAGUUCUCAGUCUGACCUGCAGCAAGUGCAGUCCGUUUCCCACUGCGCCCCCUCUGUUGUCCGCAAAAUCACCAGGGGUUAGACUGUUCUGACGGCUGAGUUGACCUUCCUAGCCAGCACCUUCCCUCACACCCUGAAUUUUGUCAGCCACCAGUCAGCUCCGUUUCUCUGACAUAACGCCAUGUGUGCUGUUGCCUAGCGGCACUUAAUACUCUUAAUGCGCCACGGCAACCGAUAAAGGCGACUCACAUGGGGUAAUUAUUGAUGUUGGGUGGCCGCUAAAAGCGGAUUGUGUGGGGUAAUUAGCAAUGACAGGCGACCGCUAAAGGCUGGUCGCGUGGGGUAAGUAAUGAUAUUGGGCAACUGCUAAAGGCGGGUUGCAUGUGGUAAGUAGUGAUGUUGGGCAACCGCUAAAGGCGGAUUGUGUGGGAUAAGCAGUGAUGUUGGGCAACCGCUAAAGGCGGAUUGUGUGGGAUGAGUAGUGAUGUUGGGCAACCGCUAAAGGCGGAUUGUGUGGGGUAAGUAGUGAUGUUGGGCAACUGCUAAAGGCAGGUUGCGUGUGGUAAGUAGUGAUGUUGGGCAACUGCUAAAGGCGGAUUGUGUGGGAUAAGUAGUGAUGUUGGGCAACUGCUAAAGGC